ACUCUGAGCUCCAGUCCCGCCUCAGUCCACCAUUUCACUGGUUCUGCGGCAUAUAAAAUGGACCAACACCGCAUUAGAGCCGUGUGUGAAACCUUGUUUGACACUACUAUUGAACUGUGAGUGUGUGUAAGUGUGUGUGUUUAUAAGUUAUGGCUUGUGAGGAACCUGGAGAAAAGAGCACACUUCAGUCUGAACAGCAGGUGAAGUACGGCUGUACGAACGAACCAGCAGACAGAAGCGGAUUCAGGCAGCGUCUCACAGAACAGAGACAAACUGUGGAGUCCAGCAAAAAGAUCACAUCGAUUUCACGGUGGAAGACGUUCCUGAUUUGGCACAUCGGGGAAGAAUGGAUCAUCCUCAUCCUGUUGGGAAUUAUCCCGUCCUUCUUCAGUUGGGCCAUGGACUUUGGCAUCGACUUAGGCCUGCACGGUACAAGGAAGCUGUAUGAGAUGGCACACAACAACAUCUUCCUGCAGUAUCUGGCCUGGGUUUCUGUUCCUAUACUACUGAUCUGCUUUGCCACAUUAUUUACUCAGCUCGUAGGACCACAGGCUGCAGGUUCCGGGAUCCCAGAGAUAAAGACGAUUGUAAAAGGAGUGAAUGUUAAAGAUCACCUGAGCCUCAAAACUCUGGUGGCCAAACUGGUGGGUCUGACCUGCUCCCUGGGCAGUGGCAUGCCUCUAGGAAAAGAGAGUCCUUUUGUACACAUAGGAAGCAUCUGUGCCGCACAGCUCAGCCGGUUCAGGGCCUACAUUGGCGGCGUUAAAGCGAGUGAGUCUGAGCACAUCGAGCUGCUGAUUGUUGGUUCUGCUGUUGGAAUCGCCUGCUGCUUCGGCUCACCCAUCGGAGGUAUCCUGUACGGUAUAGAAGUGGCCACGUCAUUCAUCAUGGUCCGCUGUUACUGGAAAUCUUAUGUUGCUGCUACCAUCAGCGCCUUCAUCUUCAGAUUCCUGCCUAUGUGGAGCGGAUAUAACGAAACUAUUAUUCCUCUGUUUAACACCGAUUACCGUCUGGAAUUUCCCUACGAACUCCAAGAGAUUCUGGCCUUCACUAUCCUUGGGAUUCUGAGUGGGCUUUUUGGAGCGUUUUUUGUCUUCAUGAACGGCGUAAUGGUGCGUUUCAUCAGGAGCCCUCGACGUGUUAGCAGGUUCCUCGCCAAGACCCGUGUGCUGUAUCCUGCUAUUGUCACGCUGGUCAUCUCCACUUUUACCUUUCCUCCUGGAUUUGGACAGUUCAUGGCAGGCGAGCUCACUCAGAGGGAAACUCUACUCGCACUUUUUGACAACCACACCUGGUCCAAACAUUUCGAAGGCGACCAUUUUGAUCACGAGGAUCAUUCUGUGGCGUGGAAACACCCGCAAGUCAAUGUCUUCGGCACACUCACCAUCUCCUUCAUCAUGAAGUUCUUCAUGUCAGCCGUGGCCAUCUCCAUGCCUGUCCCCUGUGGAGCUUUUGUACCUGCUUUCGUCAUCGGUGCAGGUCUUGGCCGAUUGGUCGGUGAGGUGGCGGCUGUUGUUCUACCUGAAGGAGUUCAUUCAAACGGCACUGUUUACUCUUUAAUACCAGGAAGCUACGCAGUAGCAGGAGCAGCAGCGAUGUCCGGUGCAGCCACUCAUACCAUCUCCACAGCCAUGAUUGUGUUCGAGUUGACUGGUCAGAUCAACUUCCUUUUCCCAAUACUAUUCUGUGUUAUAGUGGCUAAUAUCGUAGCCCAAAGUCUGCAGCCAUCACUGUAUGAUUCGCUCAUACGCAUCCGGAAACUUCCAUAUCCUGUAGAGCUCAGCUGGGACCACGAGGAAAAGUCUGACAUUCAUGUGGAGGACAUCAUGGUAAAUGACGUGAAGUACAUCACACUGAACUCCACUUACAGAGACCUGCAGAACCUCCUACUCAGAAAACUCAGAACCAUCCCCUUGGUGAAGUCUGAAGAGUCAAAGAUAUUGCUGGGUUCUGUUGAGCGUGUUCAGCUGCAGAUGCUGCUGUCCAAUCAGCUCAGCCGCAUGCGGAGACUCAAAUACCUCCAUCAGCAAGUGCAGAACAAGGAUGGCGGCCACGAGGUCAGGAGUGAGGCAAGGGAGACCUCUGUAGAUGGAGCCUCCCAAUCGUUUUCUUCUAAACCACUGAUAAUAGAGAGAGGUUACCAAGAUUCAGAAGUUACCUUGAAGAGCCUCUUCUGUGCUGAUUCUAGAGUGGACAUAGAGGAGGAUCCAGAUGUAGAAGAUACCAUGACCAUGAAAGAGAUCAUCGAGUGGGAGGAGCAACAGCUUGAUGAAAAGGUCAACUUCAACCUCUGCAAGAUUGACCCUGCCUCUGUACAGAUAGUAGAACGAACCUCGCUGCAAAAGAUCCACAAUAUCUUCUCCAUGAUGGGUUUGGACCAUGCAUAUGUCACCAGUGUUGGGAGACUUGUAGGGGUCGUGUCACGUCAAGAGCUGCGUAAGGGCUUUGAGACUUCAGUGAAGACAGCAGGAGCCAAAACACACCCCCCAAUGUCCAGCUUUAGAGAGAGCAACACCAGAUUCAGGAAGACGCAAACACCAGAGGCCACAGAGCUCCACAAACUUCUGGGCAGCCAAAACAACCUGAACCAGACGAGUUCAUUGUGAAGGAGGUUCAUGUGGGGAUCAAUCGGCAAACACAGAGGGGCCAGAGUUUUAAGUAAAGGGGCAACUAGGUAGGGUUGCAUGCUGGACAAAAAAAAAACUAGAUAUUGAGAUGAUAUGCAAUAAAUUACUGCUAAAGUAUUUUACUGUUUGAAUGGGAUACUAAACCUGAAAAUUAAAUGAGUUUUAGGUUUUCAACAAUAGAUAAUGAUAUGCCAAUACUUCUCUUUUUACUUUUGCAAAAAACAUCAAGAUUUCAUCAUCCAUAAUACUUACCUGUUACUUCCCAUCAAUCAGGACUUUUGCCAAUCUGAAUAAAAUCAAUUUCACAAUUCAACAAUAAAUACUCAGGCUCCUUACCGUCA